AUGAGCCAUUCUCCUGUAACACUCAGUUUCGCAAGUCGCAUCGCAAGAGUGCCACGACUUUCGCGUAUGCCCUCGCAACGCAUUGUGCACGCCGUGCAGACGGACAAUAGCAAAGACGUAUCCUUCGUGACCUUAUCGGAGGAUGGCUGUAUUGACAAGACUCGUGAGACCGUCGACGUCACUCUGAACGACGUGAACAAGGAAGAAGUCACGCUAUUCAUAAUAAACUCGGACAAUGGAGCGGAUACUGGCUCUCCCGGCUCUUCCAUAAUUUUGUCGCCAGAUGUUGAAGACGGGCUGAUCAAUUCUUUCACCUGUCGUGUGGACGAGGAUAGUGACGUCGGCAGGAUCCGUAGAGCCUCGCUUUUCUCAAACGACGAGUUUGAACCGAUAAAGAUGGAGCUUCCGCAACGCAGCCCUUUGACUAUACGUAUUCCGGAUUAUGCCAUUGGCGUGACCGGCUAUACCAGUCCAAGUCCAGCCUCGGACACUGCGACCCAUAGUGGACACUCCAGUCCCAGCCUCAGCCCCAGCUCGGAGCACUCUUCAACUUCGUACCAACAGAGCGUCACCCCAAGCUCAUCCUGCUCCACACUCUUUUCGGCCGCUUCGUCAUCUUCCUCUUCUUCGGGCACUUUCGUCGACAACUCCGCUUAUUCGAAGCCUUAUGGCUACCCGUCCUGCGAUUCCGUAAAAGACGACUGUGGCCCAUUUCCAUUCACGCUCGAAGAUGGUGACUCGUUGGAUAACGUCACAGACAUUCGAGGAUUUGCAGAUCUCAGGUCGCACGGUUAUGACUUUGGCUGGUCUAGGUUUGCAAGUCGGCCUGAGACGCGGUAUGGACUUAGCGCGAAAGAUGCUGCGAAAGUGCAGGCGUACUUGGCUAGAGGACCAAACGAAUUUCCGAGAUCUUACGUUGAGAAAGUCAACGCAAGGACGAACGCGUUUGAGAAGAAGCUGUUUAGAAAAGUGUUUAAAUUUGUCAAAUAA